AUGGGUUCAAUUGGCAAAAGUGAGCCCGUCUUCCUCGUCGUUACGGGAGCGUGGCACCCGCCUGCAUGCUAUGAGCCCUUGAGGACUGAUCUCAUCUCACUGGAAUACGAAUGCAUUAUCCCGCAAAUGCCAUCGAUGGGCCAUGGCACCAAUGGAAUUACAUGGGAAGCCGACAAAGCAAAGAUUAUCGAGGUGGCGACGUCUUACUUCGAACAGGGGAGAGAGGUCAUUCUCGUGGCACAUUCAUAUGGAGGAGUGCCGGCAACUGUCGCCACGGAGGGUCAAGGGACCCAGGAGAGGGCCGCAAGAGGGUUGAAAGGCGGUUUCAACUUCAUCAUCUUCAUUGCAGCCUUUGCCGUUCCUGUCAAGGGAUGGGAUCUUCUCACGACCUUUGGCGGGGCUUGGCCAGACUGGCAGGAUACCUGCGAGUCCUACACGAAGAACAAACUUUCAACGGUGAAUUUGAAGGGUUUCAAACUGCUGUACAAUGACACUUCAGAGGAGGAAGCAACAAGAGUUUUUAGCACGUUGCUGCCGCACUCCCAAGAUGCAUUUGAGACCGGAAUCAAUUUCAUUGCGUCGGAUAUCGUCAUACCGAAGACGUAUCUCAUCUGUGAGAAGGAUCUGGUGUUUCCUCUGAGCCUUCAAGAGGCACUGGUAAAAGGCACCCCUGCUAUGCAAGAAGAGAGAAUUGCAGCUGGGCAUAGCCCUUUCCUGGGAAAGAGUGAGGAGCUGGCGCGGAAGUUAAUCGGAAUCUCCCAGAAGGCCGGUUCGGCCCAAGCCGCGUAA